CAUCAAAUGAAUAUCACACCGCCCGCCAUUUUCAACCGAAUUUAACUUCCCUCACAUUGUCACCGCCGCCAUUAUCAUCUGACACCAAAUCCCUAAUUCCCUAAUCAACAAAAUGUCAAACCAAGAACCACAAAUCAUAACAAACAAACAAGAAAUGAGAAAUUGGUCAAGAAACAUAAGAUCACAAGGAAAAACAAUUGGGUUUGUACCAACAAUGGGCUAUCUUCAUCAAGGCCAUCUUUCUUUAAUCAAACAAGCCCAAAAACACACACAACACAUAGUAGUCUCAAUCUAUGUAAACCCAGGUCAGUUUUCACAAACUGAAGAUCUUUCAACAUACCCAUCUGAUAUUUUAGGCGAUAUCGAAAAAUUGAAGUCAUUUGGUGGUGUUGAUGUUGUUUUUAGUCCAAGAAAUUUGUAUGAUUAUGGUGAAAGUGAAAAAGGGGUGGUUAAAAAUAGUGAAAAAGAUGGAAAGAUUGUGUCUUUUUUGGAAGGUGAAGGUGUAAAGCAUGAAACUUGGAUUAGAGUUGAAACUCUUGAAAAGGGUAUGUGUGGGAUGAGUAGGCCUGUGUUUUUUAGAGGUGUGGCUACUAUUGUUGCUAAGUUGUUUAAUAUUGUUGAACCUGAUGUUGCGAUUUUUGGGAAGAAAGAUUACCAGCAGUGGCGAGUUAUUCAACGAAUGGUUCGAGAUCUUGAUUUUGGUGUUAAAGUGAUUGGUUCCGAGUUGAUGCGAGAUGAAGAUGGCUUGGCAAUGAGCUCUCGCAACGUGCAUCUUUCACCACAAGAGAGGGAACAGGCAUUGUCAAUAAGCAGGUCUUUAUUCGAAGCCAAAUUGGCUGCCAAAAAUGGCAAAAGUAUUUGCAGUGAAUUGAGAAGAUCAGUGAUUGAAAGUAUAGAAGCAGCAGGUGGCAAAAUUGAUUAUGUUGAGAUUGUGGAUCAAGAAAGUCUAGAAUCAGUUGAACAGAUUAAGAGUGGGGUAGUUAUAUGUGUUGCUGCAUGGUUUGGGAAGGUGAGGUUGAUAGACAACAUCGAAAUUGAUGUAUCAUAGUAGUCACAACAUUACAUUUGUACACCCACCCAGCUAUUUGUUUUGUCAUAUUGGUGGUCUUGGCGUUGGCAGUGAAAGCCGUUGACUACAAGAUUGUAAAACUGGCUUUAAUAAUGCCAUCAGCAGCUGUGUGUGUGAAAAUGCUUUAAAGUUUCUAGUGUUAAACGGUUAAAGAUUUUGCUUUA